AUGUUAUCAACAUCUGGUUGUAGUGGAAGUUUGAAUAAAAUUACAACUCUUAGCCCUCAUAAUGGCCAGAUUACUUGUCUGCAAAUUAGUAGAAAGAACAAUAGUUUCCUAUCAACUGGUUUCAUAAAUCAAUAUGUUGUUGGAAUUAACUAAAUAAUAAAGAAUGAAAGAAUUCCUAAUUAUGAUGAUAACAUACUGAUUGCAUAGAUUGUUUGA